CUCCCCGAGCCCAGGCGCCUCCCCGCCCCCUCCCCGCGCUCCGCGGCGGCGGCGGCGGCAGCAGUAGCAGCAAUAUGGCUGUUGAUGGGUGUUCGGGGUGGCGCUGGCGGCGGGAGGAGCUCCCCCGAGCCCCUGCGCCGGCUGCCCGUUGCUAGCUAUGGCAAAUGGUGGCGGCGGCGGCGGCAGCAGCGGCGGCGGCGGCGGCGGCGGAGGCAGCACUCUUAGAAUGAGUGGCAAUAUCCACGCGAACCUUCUCAGCCUAGACGCGUCCUCCUCCUCCUCCUCUUCCUCCUCCUCCUCUUCCUCCUCCUCUUCCUCCUCGUCCUCGGUCCACGAGCCCAAGAUGGAUGCGCUCAUCAUCCCAGUGACCAUGGAGGUGCCGUGCGACAGCCGGGGCCAGCGCAUGUGGUGGGCUUUCCUGGCCUCCUCCAUGGUGACUUUCUUCGGGGGCCUCUUCAUCAUCUUGCUCUGGCGGACGCUCAAGUACCUGUGGACCGUUUGCUGCCACUGCGGGGGCAAGACGAAGGAGGCCCAGAAGAUUAACAAUGGCUCAAGCCAGGCGGACGGCACUCUCAAGCCAGUGGACGAAAAAGAGGAGGCGGUGGCAGCCGAGGUCGGCUGGAUGACCUCCGUGAAAGACUGGGCGGGGGUGAUGAUAUCUGCCCAGACGCUGACCGGCAGAGUCCUGGUGGUGUUAGUCUUUGCUCUCAGCAUUGGUGCACUUGUAAUAUACUUCAUAGAUUCGUCAAACCCAAUAGAAUCCUGCCAGAAUUUCUACAAAGAUUUCACAUUACAGAUCGACAUGGCUUUCAACGUGUUCUUCCUUCUCUACUUUGGCUUGCGGUUUAUUGCAGCCAACGAUAAGCUGUGGUUCUGGCUGGAAGUGAACUCUGUAGUAGAUUUCUUCACGGUCCCCCCCGUGUUUGUGUCUGUGUACUUAAACAGAAGUUGGCUUGGGUUGAGAUUUUUAAGAGCUCUCAGGCUGAUCCAGUUUUCAGAAAUUUUGCAGUUUCUGAAUAUCCUGAAAACAAGUAAUUCCAUCAAGCUGGUGAACCUGCUCUCCAUAUUUAUCAGCACGUGGCUCACAGCAGCCGGGUUCAUCCACUUGGUGGAGAAUUCAGGGGACCCAUGGGAAAAUUUCCAAAACAACCAGGCUCUUACCUACUGGGAAUGUGUCUAUUUGCUCAUGGUGACCAUGUCCACUGUUGGUUACGGGGACGUUUAUGCAAAAACCACGCUCGGGCGUCUCUUCAUGGUCUUCUUCAUCCUCGGGGGACUGGCCAUGUUUGCCAGCUACGUCCCUGAAAUCAUAGAGUUAAUAGGAAACCGCAAGAAAUACGGGGGCUCCUAUAGUGCGGUUAGUGGAAGAAAGCACAUUGUGGUCUGUGGACACAUCACGCUGGAGAGCGUUUCCAACUUCCUGAAGGACUUUCUGCACAAGGACCGGGAUGAUGUCAACGUGGAGAUUGUCUUUCUUCACAACAUUUCCCCUAACCUGGAGCUUGAAGCUCUGUUCAAACGACAUUUUACUCAGGUGGAAUUUUAUCAGGGUUCAGUCCUCAAUCCACACGAUCUUGCGAGAGUCAAGAUAGAGUCAGCAGAUGCGUGCCUAAUCCUUGCCAAUAAGUACUGCGCAGACCCCGAUGCUGAAGAUGCCUCCAACAUCAUGAGAGUCAUCUCCAUAAAGAACUACCACCCGAAGAUAAGAAUAAUCACUCAGAUGCUGCAGUAUCAUAACAAGGCCCAUCUGCUAAACAUCCCGAGCUGGAAUUGGAAAGAGGGGGAUGAUGCAAUCUGCCUCGCAGAGCUGAAGCUGGGGUUCAUCGCCCAGAGCUGCCUGGCUCAAGGCCUCUCCACCAUGCUUGCCAACCUCUUCUCCAUGAGGUCAUUCAUAAAGAUUGAGGAAGACACGUGGCAGAAAUACUACUUGGAAGGAGUCUCAAAUGAAAUGUACACAGAAUAUCUCUCCAGUGCCUUCGUGGGUCUGUCCUUCCCUACUGUUUGUGAGCUGUGUUUUGUGAAGCUCAAGCUUCUGAUGAUAGCUAUUGAGUACAAGUCCGCCAACCGAGAGAGCCGUAUAUUAAUUAAUCCUGGAAACCACCUUAAGAUCCAAGAAGGUACUUUAGGAUUUUUCAUCGCAAGCGAUGCCAAAGAAGUUAAAAGGGCAUUUUUUUACUGCAAGGCCUGUCAUGAUGACAUCACGGAUCCCAAAAGAAUAAAAAAAUGUGGCUGCAAACGGCUCAAGGUUGGAGCUAGAUCACGCUAUCCCAAAGACCCAUUUGAGUUCAAGAACACAACUCACAAUUCUCGGCUUGUGACCGAGCCAGUUGAAGAUGAGCAGCCGUCAACACUGUCACCCAAAAAAAAGCAGCGCAACGGAGGCAUGCGGAACUCACCCAGCUCCUCGCCCAAGCUGAUGAGGCAUGACCCCUUGUUAAUUCCCGGCAAUGAUCAGAUGGACAACAUGGACUCCAACGUGAAGAAGUACGACUCUACUGGGAUGUUUCACUGGUGUGCACCCAAGGAGAUAGAGAAAGUCAUCCUGACUCGAAGUGAAGCCGCCAUGACCGUCCUGAGUGGCCACGUGGUGGUCUGCAUCUUUGGCGAUGUCACUUCAGCCCUGAUUGGCCUCCGGAACCUGGUGAUGCCACUCCGUGCCAGCAACUUUCACUACCACGAGCUCAAGCACAUUGUGUUUGUGGGUUCCAUCGAGUACCUCAAGCGGGAAUGGGAGACUCUUCAUAACUUCCCCAAAGUGUCCAUAUUGCCUGGUACGCCGUUAAGUCGGGCUGAUUUAAGGGCCGUCAACAUCAACCUCUGUGACAUGUGCGUUAUCCUGUCAGCCAAUCAGAAUAAUAUUGAUGAUACUUCGCUGCAGGACAAGGAAUGCAUCUUGGCGUCACUCAACAUCAAAUCUAUGCAGUUUGAUGACAGCAUCGGGGUCUUGCAGGCUAAUUCCCAAGGGUUCACACCUCCAGGAAUGGACAGAUCCUCUCCGGAUAACAGCCCGGUACAUGGGAUGUUACGUCAGCCCUCCAUCACAACUGGGGUCAACAUCCCCAUCAUCACUGAACUAGUGAACGAUACUAAUGUUCAGUUUUUGGACCAAGACGAUGACGAUGACCCCGACACAGAGCUGUACCUCACGCAGCCGUUUGCAUGUGGGACAGCGUUUGCCGUCAGCGUCCUGGAUUCACUCAUGAGUGCGACAUACUUCAAUGACAACAUCCUCACCCUGAUACGGACCCUGGUGACCGGAGGAGCCACGCCGGAGCUGGAGGCUCUGAUUGCCGAGGAGAAUGCACUGCGCGGGGGCUACAGCACCCCCCAGACGCUGGCCAAUAGGGACCGCUGCCGCGUGGCCCAGUUAGCACUGCUGGACGGGCCCUUUGCGGACCUGGGGGAUGGUGGUUGUUAUGGUGAUCUGUUCUGCAAAGCUCUGAAAACAUAUAAUAUGCUUUGUUUUGGAAUUUAUCGGCUGAGAGAUGCUCACCUCAGCACCCCCAGCCAGUGCACGAAGAGGUAUGUCAUCACCAACCCCCCGUACGAGUUUGAGCUCGUGCCGACGGACCUGAUCUUCUGCUUAAUGCAGUUUGACCACAACGCCGGCCAGUCCCGGGCCAGCCUCUCCCAUUCCUCCCACUCGUCCCAGUCCUCCAGCAAGAAGAGCUCCUCCGUUCACUCCAUCCCAUCCACAGCAAACCGACAGAACCGGCCCAAGUCCCGGGAGUCCCGAGACAAACAGAAGUACGUGCAGGAAGAGCGGCUCUGAUAUGUGUAUCCACUGCCUCCGUGUGUGAAACUGUAUCUGCCACUCAUUUACCCAGUGGGUGUUUCCAACAGUAACUUUCCCCGUUUUCCCCUGUAGUCCCCCCCUUUUCUUUACACAUAUUUGCAUAUGUAUGAUAGUGUGCAUGUGGUUGUCAUUUUUAUUCCACCACCAUAAAACCCUUGAGCACAACAGCAAAUAAGCAGACGGACCAAAAGUUAUUUAUGAUUCUAGGGGAAAAAUAACCCUAAGGCAUGCUCCAGACAUAAAUAGCUCACUGCAGGAAUGAGUUCACAGAUAAGAAGGGAGCGCUUGUGAUCCACGUCAGUUAUGCAAAGCAAGUUUAGUUAAUGUAGAAGAACAGUUUAUUCUGAUGUAUAAGGAUUAUCAGGGUGCUUUGGGUUUUCUUUUUGUUGUUGUUGUUUUUCUUUCUUUCUCUUGUUUUUUUUUUUUUUAUACACACACAAUAAUAUAUACACACGUUUAUUUGAAACAAGCAACCAAAACAUAUUGGUUGUUCCACUCUCUGGGCCGAAAUAUCGCGAAGUAUUUGAAAGGCUUUUGCCAUUUGUGUAGAUGAUGAAGCACCUGCUUGUUAGAACAUUGGAGAUUUUUUUUUUUUUUUUUUUUUUUUGCGGUACGCGGGCCUCUCACUGUUGUGGCCUCUCCCGUUUCGGAGCACAGGCUCCGGACGCGGUGGCUCAGCGGCCAUGGCUCACGGGCCCAGCCGCCCCGCGGCAUCUUCCCGGACCAGGGCACGAAUCCGUGUACUCUGCAUCGGCAGGCGGACUCUCAACCACUGCGCCACCAGGGAAGCCCGGAGAUUUUUUUAGUUACUCACCAAGGCCUUUUGUCCCAGAGCUAGCUUCCUUUGGGAGUUCAUAUGAACAUUUCUUCCCUUACUGUGGAGGAAAGAAUAGUUCCCUUCGUGGAAGUAUCAAAUGCUAGUCAUUUAAUUUAAGUGAAAAGAGGUUUGAUUGCAUAUUAAAUUGUUAUUCUGUCUCCUUAUGCUGCCAUAUGAAUAGCUGUUUUUUCCUCUCACUUUUGACAUUUGGGAUGAAAAGCCAUAUGUAUCAUAAAUAUCAGAUGUAAGUCAUUAAAAACUGCCUUCCUGGGACUUUUACAUCUUUUAAAAGGUGAAUUACUUACCUUAUGUACAGAAUAAAUAAUGCUCAGGAAAGAGCAAGUAUUUUUCCACGCAUUCUCAGGGGACCUUUUUACUCCCCUUUGUUUGAUUAGUUAGGGCCCCAGUGCCAGCGAGGAGCAAGGGCUGGGGCCGCGGUAGAGAGAGGAAGAUAAACCCAGCGGCAGAUCAUGUUUUUCUAGGAGCCGACACGCUAAAUAAAUCAGAAUGUAGGAGGAUCAAGCCACAGUUGACUCAACAAAGACAAAAGCCAGCUACUACCUUCAGCUGUUGGCACAGCUGCACGAUGCUGGCUGUCCCAAAGCAGAAAGCUGGUGGGAAAAAUUUCUCAUCGUCAAUUUCUUUAACGUAGCCAAUCCACUUAGGCAGGUGAAUGACAGUAAUAGAGAAUGACCCCCUUGUCAUUACCAGAUGGGAGAGAAGAAAAAGAGUGCGACAGUGAGCCAAACGCAUUUUGGUAUAAUUAUUUUUUCUUUCAUUUUCUUUCUUUUUUUAACGUUAGUAAGCAUGAGGGAAAAGGUAGAAAAAUAACCCUUUUUUCAAUAUACAGUUGUCAGAUAUUUUAUGUAUGCAAAUCAUGCUUUAGGCAGUACAGUAGUUCUUACAAAUCGGCCAACUCCACCAUGACCAAAUUCUUGUAUGGAUGGACUAGCCCUGGGCUGCUAUAUACGUAUUUGAAAUGUUUACUUGAAAACAAAUUCCAUCAAACAGCAUAGGGUGGAGGGGAGGAGAAAGAUGUCACAGCUGUAACCAUCUCUAAAAAGGUGUUUUUAUGGUGAAUGUUUUGGGUUUAGAUUUUGGAUCCCCUGUCCCCCCCCCAAGCAUGAUAGUUUUGGAGAUUUGCUUGCUGUGUGAAUUGACAAGCACUUUUACUGACAAAAUGGUGAGGCUCAGUCAGAACGUCCGUCCCCACACCCAAGACAGAGCAGUGCAGUGUUGCAAUCAGUAUUGGGUGGGGAAUCAUUGUAUACAUGUAUAUUAAAAAGCCCUAUGAGUGGAAAACUUUUUUCAAAUUAUUUUUGUCCCUAUAUAUAUUGAUUUAUAUAUUACAUAUAACUAUCUUUUUAUAUAUAACUAUAUAUAUACACAUAUAUACAGAUAUAUGUGUGUGUGUGUAUAUAUAUAUACACACACACACACACACACACACACACACACACACACACAUCCCCCAGUUUUGGAUCAUGAAGAGCUCUUCAUGCGUUCUUUGCAAAGGAGGUUAUAAAGUUAUGCCCUCAGAACAUUUAUAACUAUAAGAAUGUGCCAGUUAAAGUGCUCAACAGGAAAUAUGACAGUUUAAAAGCAUUGUAAAACUCACAUAGCUUACUUCUCUCUCUAAAGUGCAACAAGGAUGAAUAGAAUGGGCCAAGGUAUGACAAUUAAUGGUUCUGCAUGACCUAGCCACUGCUGGGGGUUUUCUUCUAUAACGUUGUCCUUGUGAAAACUUUUGUGAAAUUAAAAAAAAAAAAAAAGGAGUUACAAAUUUUAUUCUGUUAUUGGUUUGUUUAUUUUUAUUUCUAUUGUUCUGUUUGUGGUUUUAUUUAUUUAUUUUGCUUUUUUUUUUUCCUCCCCAUCCCCCCACCUCUUCCCUUCCUUCUUCUCCACCUUCCUCCACUUUCUAAAUUGCUCAGCGCAAUGAGGCUGUCCUGCUGCUACCGCUAGACCCCUUAGAGUUUGUUUUGGUGUUCCUGGGUUUGGGGUUGGGUGAUCUGGGGGAAACUUCUCUCCAUCUGGCUUGCCUUUCAAUCUGCACGUGGCCUCCCUGCCCACCUUGGUACCUUGCUCCAAGUCCAAAAGCAUUUUCCCAUCAAGAAACCCAGCUUCCUCCACUUCCCCCCAUUAUCACCACUCCAACCCAGUCCCCCAUCAGUCUGUCCACAUUUCUGUGUUUAUCUUGGCAAGACCGACUAAAUCAAGUGAUGAUGCCAGGUGAUAAGCUUUUCUGGAAAACAUUUGCAGCUAUUCCACUUGGCAAACUUGCUUCUUGGUCAAUCGUUUACCCUCCUUUCAAUUUAAACCAGGAGGGUUAUUAAUGGUAAAGAGCAUUGGUCUCCUUGCAGUUGGAUCAGUAUGACCCCCAAAUUAAAACUGUCCGGCUGGAUAUAUCAACUCAAUAGCCCACACCCAGUCAUCUGGGGGUUGAUGAUUCAGUCUCUAUAUUACCUGGAUCUCUUCUCUCACCUGCCUUUCAGACAUUUGUGAAAUCCCAACCAGAGAUUGGGCAGAUAGAGAGAAGUAAAUCCAAAAUGUGUUUUUUAUACAAUCUGUUAGCAGCUCUGAUGAGAGGACCUUGUGACGGGAAUGGAGUGGGAACAGACUGUGACUUGUGAUGAAAUUUUGGGAUUUUCCCUGGACUCAGGUGUACAGUUGAGAGUUGAUUGUACUUGGCUAAUGAUAUAUUCAGUGAUGAAAAAGGUAUCAUUAUUACUUGUAUUUUUUAUGAGCCCAAACUACUAUAUUGUUCUUUCCUCAGUUGAAUGAAGAAUCUCUUCCAUGGGUUUUCAUGUGACCCCAAACUUCUCAUCCUUCUUUCAGGUUCUCUUAGGAAGGAGGCAUACAAGGUUUUCGUAUGACGUCUCUCCUCUUCCCCCUUUCCACCCAAAAAAUAAGCAAGUAGGUCAGGGUGGAAAGCGAAAGCGUUUUUGAAGAGAAAGGAUGUGCACUUAAAGAGAACAAUAGCUAGAAACUCAAUUAUCUGCACCAUUCUAAAAGAGAAGCAGUCUGUAAGCCAUUCAGUUCAGUUUGUUUUAGGCUUUGAAAGGGGUGAAGCUUAAGUAAGUGGAUAGACCAGGAGGCCCAGUGAAACCCUCUCAGCCUCAACACUCAGGUGAUCAUGAAAUCAACAUCCCUGAUAUCUGCUACCCAGGGUCCUUCCUGAAGCCAGUUCAAACGGAUAAAGAGAAACUUGGACCCUUAUAGUUAGAUUUCUACCAUUAUUGGGAGAGGUUUCAAAUUCUAUUAUGAAUAUUACAGGUUAUGACCCAGAACCUUACUCUCAAUAGGUGCUCAAUAAAUAUUUUUGAAAUAAAUUGACCUUAAAAAUUCUUAUACCUUUAAUCAUUUGAUAAGGUAUCUUCACCUCCUUGGCUUUUCUUAGCCAAUUUCAAGGAAUGCCUGUAGAUGGUUCACAACGCUGUCAUGUUGUUGGCACUUUCUCAAGCUGAGUACACAGCUUCUGAGAAAGGGGAACACCCCCGUAAGUUCACUGAGUGGAGAGACUGACUCUGCCUCCCGCCAGCAACCUCAAGGUCCCAGAUGACCAGAGGAACCUUUUGACGGGCUCUUCUUCAGCAUGGGAAAAGCCGAAAGGUGUCUGCAUCCCAAUAGAGACAAUUAAAUCAACCCGCCAGGUUCCUAUAGCAACAGGCUCCUGAAGGAGAAAGAAGAGAGUGCAGAAACUUCAGGGCCUCCAGAAAUCAAGACAGGGUAAAAAAAUCAAUGUCUCAAUCAGCUUCGUUCAGCCCACCCCUGCUUUGUCAUAAGGUGAUGAAGUAGCUGUGGGCACCUGUCACUAACUUGGUAGACUAUCUCCCACCAGGAGAUCGUACAUCCACCACCUAGGGAGGUGAGAGGGAUCACCCCCUACCGCCUGGAAGGGAGGAGUGAAAAGUCCACCCUUAGGGUGUCAGCUGGAUCAAGCCACAGAAGAGGGCCAGGAGGGAGCAGUCGUUCGGCCUAGGGAAUGGCAGCAUCAGCCUCACAGUUAAAAGGGGCAAAGAGAGUCAUACUGGACAAUCGCAAAGGAGCGAGACAGUUUUCAUAAGUAAAAACUGCUCUGGUUCCGGUGCAAUUUUCAUUUCUGUGCAGUAACCAUACUUUGCCCAUGGAGAGGAAAGGAGGCAGUGUGUGUGGGUGGGGUCCUCUGGCACCUUGGGGUCUGCUAGGCAGGGGGCGGGGGAAGGCCAGACUAGCUCUCAGAAGUGUGAGAUGUGAAACCACACAGCGUUACCUUUGAAUGCUUGAGCUCCUUGUUAGCUCUUACUGUUCUCCACUGUUAUCUCUAUCCAAAUGGAAUCUUUCCCUUUCAAGCCCUUUCUCUCUGAACUUCAGCUUGUGGUACAGCGAGAAAAUGCCCAAUUAUUCCAAGUACCUUUGCUGUAUCAUCAUCUCCCUUUUCAUGCUCUCUUCUCUGAAGAGUAGUUAAGUGAAAAGGCCAAAUCCCACAGCAGUGACAACCCACAGAGCCAGCAAAGAGACUCUGUUGUCACAGUGCAGCCUGUUGCUCUGCUUCCGGGUCCCCAGGCAGUUAUGUCAGCCCAGGUCUCAAGCCCUUCCCUGCCGUAGCCUGCUCCCUUGGGAUUCCUCAUGGCUGGACAAAGUCCUGACCCUUAUUCUAGACCCUUGAAUGUCAGUGAUGAAAGUAGCAAUGGAAGACGCAGAUGGCUUGCAGGUAGGGUAGGGCCCCUGUCAAGUUGAAAGCCAAUAUUUCAGACGCAAGUACCACUGAAGGGUGUCACUCCUGCCUCUCCUCCCCUUCCCAAGGAAGGCUACCCAACCGAAUCCUUCUCCAUCUUCUCUGCUGCCAAAAUCCCCUUUCUUCUGGCCAGCACCCAAGUUUAUACACCUCAGUUCUCCACCCUAGUUUAUCUGCAAUCACACCGAAAGGUAUCACCUAUCCUUAUGUCGUCCUUUAGCACUGAGAGUACUCAUAUCCAUGCUGACCUUAUACUAAAAACUAACAAACGCCAAGUGCUUACCAUGGGCUAGACACUCUUCCAAGCACUUUAUGUAUAUUAGCACAUUCAAUUCUCGAGAUAACCUUAGAUGCAGAUGCUGUUAGUAUUUCCAUUUGAAAGAUACAGAAUCCAAGGGACAGGUUGGUUCAAAGUCACCCAGCCAGGAAGUGCCAGCGAAGUAUUUAAAACUAAAGUCCAUGAACUUUGUGCUAUAAUGCCCCCUAAUGUUACUAAUAAUACUGAUAGUCUUAACAGUUCACAUUGACUUACCAUGUAUGUGGAUAAGUGCUUCAUGGACAGUAGCCCCUUUCAUCCAAACAACACCCUUAGGAAGGUCCAUUAGCCCCAUUUUACAGAUGAGAAACUGAAGUUAAGAUAAAUUAUGUAACAACCCGCUCGGAGCCACACAACUAGCACAUGAGAGAAGCAGAUCCCCUUGACCUUAACCUACUGCUCUAUGCUAUCUCCUUGUUGCAGUGGAUGGCUCAUGGCAUGGCCAGCCUUGAUAGGUGACACCUCCCAAUGGCAGUGUCACAUCUCUCGGCAGUUAUUUUCUGGGUUUGAUCUCGUUCUGCCAGAUCACUUGCCACAGACUGUUAAAUGCCACUCCUUCCCUGACUUCAGGCAGGUCCCACAGUCUGUUCACAGUGAUGCCGUCAUGCAUCACAUCUUCAAGAAGCUUAUUAACAAAUGGAUUUCUUUUUCUUUGGCAGGGAGGAGGCCCUCAAAACCAGAUCCAUUGCCCUUCUCAUCCUAGGGAUGAAAACAAAGCCCCCAGAAAUCUUUUUGGCUCGUGGGAUGAGGCAGGGGGAGGAGACCAGCUCAGGGAUUUGGAUCGACCCUGGACCACUUCAGCACUCACGUGAAUUCCUUCCCUGACUACUCUUCCUUAAGGCCAAUUUUGUAGGCACCCAGUGGUGCGGCUCCUUUGGAAGGCACAGUUCGAUAAACCAAAGUGUCAUUGUCAUAGCAAAGCUCUCUCCAUUGGGGCAGAAUGACUGGCAAUCGUUAAAGUGUGGUUCCUCUCAAGCCCUUUGGGAGAAACACCUUUGCCCCCAGACAUUUUAGUAAAACGCUCAGAGCAUUCAUCUAUCUCCAUUUCUUCAGCAUCAUAUCUAACCAAGUCUCCAACAAAACAGCUGUUUACAUCUUACGAGGCACCCGAGUUAAAAAGCCUGUUUCUCAGGCAUAACGGAAACCUCAGCUCGUCCCCAGGAUACACUUUAACGCAACUCCUUUUUGUGUUGACGCUGAAUGGCCAAAACACAGGGAGAACUCUGCUUAGAUUAUAUUUAUGGCAAGAAAUGCAAAAGGAAAGAGAGAGAGAAGCUUAAAUGGGGAAAUAAUGCUCUCUUUCUUACAGACAGCAGGAGGAAAUUGAUAUUCUCCCUGCCGUGGAAGGUCAAAAUGCCAACUUUGAAUUGAACUGUAAAGACUAAAUUCUGAACAAUUACUCUCUGCAGCAGUUGUAAAAAUUUCAGCAAAUUGCAGCUGUCUUAGGUCUUUCACCCAGAAGUCCUACUCAUUUCCAUCAGUAGAGUUCACUCUCCCUUCCAACCUGGCAUGUCCAACCUAGCACUAAAUCCCUUUGCAAAAUCUGGCCACAGAAGGGCGUGGCCAAAAUCAAGGGCAGCUCAGGCAAACAGCACAGACACUGGGUUCAGCUCUUCUGAAAAUCAUCUUUAUACAUAAACCAUUGGAAAAAGUCAUAGUUUGAAAUUGUUUCAGUGGCCUGGCAAUGCUUUUAAAACAUGAUAAUCAUCAUACUUUACUCCUCUCUGAAAGGUUAGUUUAAUCGUAGAUCACAAAAAAAUUGGUUUCCACAAAUGCAUAAUGGUUCAUCUGUGUCACACUUGAACUAAAUGCUUUUUUAAAUGGAGCUGAAAUUAUUUUGAUGUGUACACAGUCCCGGAUUUCUAUACAACCUUUUUUAACCAGCCCAUCAGGAACCUUGCCUCUACAGCCUCAUUAAUAAUUCAGAUGUGCUGAUGACUUUAAAAGAUCUAUGGAAUUGAAGCUUAGGGAAAAAAAAAAGCUCUGCUUGACAAAAAGAUAAAUGAAUGUAGAAAGAAGCUGUAGGAGUCUGGCAAGCUGUAGAUCAUCUCAGAACAGAUUGUAACUUUAUCAUUCUGUCAGGGGGAAUAAUUUAAAGCACUUAAUCAGUUAGCUUCACCGUGAGGAUGUAGCAUUAUGAAUUCGUAUCGUCCAAUCUGUUCAAAUCAAAGUGAACUUAAUUAUAAUAGGUGAGAGAGCCAGUGCAGGAAGGAGAGUGAUCCAGGAGGCAGGAAGUUUCCUGGGGGGUGUAAACCAAGCUGCCGAACAAAGGUUAGUGAGUGAGCUUUCACCAAGGCUCAUCCUGGCUGCAGCUCGGUGUCUACAAGGGGGGCUCAGGGCACUGGACACAGCAAGAGGAAGCAUGGUCCAGGAGAGACAAGCAGAGUGGUCAUGAGCUGACCAUACAUACCGGAUCUAUAAAUCGUUAGCCAUGCAGGGACACACACACACACACACACACACACACACACACACACACACACACACACACACACACACACACACACACACACACACACACACACACACACACACACACACACACACACACACACACACACACACACACACACACACACACACAC